GAACACACCAGACUGCAUCUGAGAAAGUGAGAAUGCAGAUCGUACGACAUUUACCAAAAUACCCUCCCAUGAACAAUUACAAAGCUUGAAAGCCGGUUUAUGCGACGGCGGCAGCUUGUGAAGUGAGGGGGGCGAAUGGAAUUGUGAUUCGCGACAACAGAGCCCCCAUUUCCAGCUCUGAUUCAUUACCUUGAUCGUAGAUAUAUACUAUUUCUCUUCACAAUUAGAAUCGGAUUUGGCGGAUCUGCUGAAUUACUCUUUUUGUGGAGCAGCUAUCAUUUAGAGUUACAUCUGAAGAUGAAGAAAGAAUAAGGUCUUAGCUGAAUUUGCAACCAUGUCGCAAGAAGAAGGUGAGAGCGGUGGGGUGCCGGAAAAUCAUGCGCCGGAUGUUGCAGAACACGAAACUAAGGAGCAACUGGAUAGUGCCGUCGACAGCAAUCUCGUGAAUGAGAAUGGAUACCAUGACCAACUUGUACAGAUGGUUCAACAUGAAUAUAUGAUGUCUCAGGAUGAGGAUUUAAAGACCCUUGGAUCUGAUCAGCCCGAGCCACCAAAAGUGCAGGAAGGCGACUCACAGGCUGAGAAUGAUGAUUCUGUUCAGUCUGAUCCACAAGAAGUACAGGAACGGAAUGAUGAUUCCGUCCAGCCUGACCCGCAAGAAGUACACGAGUGUGACUCUACAGCUGGGAAUGAUGAUUCUGAUCCGCCUGUCCUAGAGCGCAGCUUACAGGCUGGGGAUAAUGAUUCUGAUCAACCUGACUCAAAAGAUGUAGGGGACCGUCACUCGGGGCCUGGGGAUGAUCUCAGAGAUCUUAGUGGAGAAAUUGAGUCACUGAAGAGAGAACUCCUUGAAGAAAGGCAGACACGAUAUGCUGCCGAGGAGGCUAUGAAGCAUCUAAGAGCUGCACACUUGGAGGCAGAUACGAGAGCACAAGAGCUUGCUGCUAAAUUUGAUGAAGCUCAAAAGAAGAUGGAUCAAGAAAUCAAGGAGCGAGAUGAGAAGUAUUCCGAACUUGACACUAAGUUCAACAGGCUUCACAAAAGAGCCAAACAACGUAUUCAGGACGUGCAAAAGGAAAAAGAUGACCUUGAGGUCCAGUUCCGUGAAGUUAGGGAGAAAGCUGAUAUGGCGUCUUCCCAGUUGUCAUCAAUGAAGCAGGAGUUGGAGCGGAAACAGCAACAUGCUAAUGAAGCACUGAAAGCAAUGGAUGGGGAGAGGCAGCAAUUGCGAAGUGCAAACAACAAACUCCGGGAUAGCCUUGAAGAAUUACGUCAUUCUUUAAUUCCGAAAGAGAGUGCUUUGGAGGCAAUGCAACAAACACUAGUGGAAAAAGAACAGAUGCUGGAAGACCUGCAGGGGUUACUGCAGUUGGCUGAAGAAAAGCGGCAAGCUUCACUUACAGAACUCUCCCUAAAGCAUCAAAAGCAAGUAGAGAAUUUGGAAGCCCAAAUUGCUGAGGUUUUAGCAGAGAGAAGCCGAGCAACUGAGACAAUUUCAUCUCUGCGGGCUUUAAUUCUGGAAAAAGACACCAAGAUUGCAGAGAUGGAUGCAGCUUCAAGUGGUGAAGCUGCACGACUCAGAGCUGCCAUGGAGACUUUGAAAGGAGAGCUCAAUCAUCUGAAAAAUGAACAUGAGAAAGAAAAAGGGGUCCUGGAAACUACAUUGCAGUCCUUGAAAUCAAAGCUGGAGAUUUCUGAGAGUAACCGAAUACAUGCUGAAGUUGAAGCAGCAAAAUUGAGAAGUCAAUUGGAGUCGGAACUCUCUGUGCAAACUCAGCUGCUGAAUAACAAAGAUUCUGAGCUGAUGGGAGCCAAUGAAAAGAUAAAUCGCAUUGAAAGCGAAUUUGCUUCUUACAAAGUUCGAGCUCAUGCCUUGCUUCAGAAAAAGGAUGCUGAAUUAGCUUCUGCAAGGGACAAUGAUCAAGUCAAAGCUCUUGAGGAAGCUCUGAAGGAUGCUGAAAAAGAAAUACUAUUGGUAAAUUCAGAAAAGGAUAAAGCUCUCCAGGACCUUAAAGAUGCUCAGAAAAAUUUGGAUAAGGAGAUUUUCACCAGAGAUGAAGCUCUCAGCAUAGCAGAGCAACAGAUUAAGAGUUUGCAAUUGAAGUUUGACUCUACUCUUUCUAAACAUCAAUCUGAGAAAGAAGCAUGGGAUAGCAGCCUCCAAAAUGUGGAAGAGACAUGGCGAUUGAGAUGUGAGGCACUGGAAAGGCAAAAUGAAGAGUGUUCCACUCAAAAUAUGGAAAAAGAAGUAUAUGAGCUGAAAUUACAAUGUAAAAAGCUGAAGGAGGAGCAACGUUCUUUUCAUGAUCUGGCUGAUAAAAUGAUGGAGGAGAAGGACAAAGAGAUUUCUAGGCUUUUGGAUGAUAAUGAGAACCUCCGUCAGUUGCUGGACUCAAGGCCUUCUGUUGAAUACUCUGAGGACCAUACAGCUGUUCAUAAACAGGAAGCCUCAACUUCUAGUACUUCAGCUGCAGAUCAACAGAUCCUAAUUUUGGCAAGACAACAAGCCCAAAGGGAAGAUGAGCUUGCCCAAACGCAACGACAUAUUCUCGCACUUCAAGAGGAACUUGAAGAGCUGGAGCACGAAAAUCGCCUUCACCGGCAGCAGGAAGCCAUGCUGAAAGAAGAACUUAGGAACAUGGAAAGAAUGCAGAAGAGGGAAGGAGUCGAUCUGACGUAUCUUAAAAAUGUCAUCUUAAAGCUUCUAGAGACAGGUGAGGUGGAGAGAUUGCUACCUGUUGUAGGAAUGCUUCUUCAGUUCAGCCCUGAUGAGAUACAGAAGUGUCAACAAGCCUACCGGGCUUCAAGUGAAGUUCCGCCUAGCCCUGCAAGUGAUUCUUCACGAUCAGCUCCUUCUCUCUUCUCUAGAUUCUCAUUUGCAUAGUGCGAAUGGAAAUACUCUUGAAAAUAUAUGAUGGAAUGGGGAAAGCAUGGAUCAAAUCUUACAUAUUCAUAUUGGAAUACUAAUAUCAGAUAUCUUUGUGUUCUUUAUGUACUACUUCCGUCCCGCAUUAAUUGUCACAUUUGCACGCGUUUUAUAAAAAUGAUAAUAAAUAAUUAAAGUCGAGAAAUAGUGAAAUAAGAGAGAAUAAUGUAAAGAAGAUUCUUCUCUACCUUUUUCUCUUUUUUAUUUCACUAUUUCUCGAGUUUAACUAUUUAUUAUCAUUUUUACAAAACGAGUGCGAAAAAGUAAAUGUGACAGUUAAUGUGGGACUGACGGAGGUAGUACCAUAAAAUAUUGAUUAAACACGGAAAAAUAGAAAUGGGAUACUGUUUACGGCCUUGGCAGAUUGAGAUACAGCUUUUAUAGAAAAAUUGUCGAAAGUUUUGUACAGACGAUUUCAUUUAACUUUCACCAUUUGAGCGGGUGAAAGAAACCAUAUUCUUUAUUUUAAAGAAUCGAAGUUUUAUUUCA